AUGGGAAACACUGAUAGCCUCAAAAACAAAAAAAAAUCAGCAGGAAUAGAUGAAAAUUCUCCAUAUUUAAUGAAGAAAUGCAAACAUAAACUGAUGAAACCACUACUUCAUCUUAUAAACUGUACACUCGAAGAAGGUGUGUUCUCUGACAGGUUGAAACUGGCUGUAAUUAAACCAUUACACAAAAAGGGGAAAGAAAGCAUCAAACUGAUAGAAAAAAUAAUAUUAAAAAGAAUCCUGGAACACUUCAAUAACACUGAUAUACUAGAGGAUUUCCAACAUGGUUUCAAGAAGGGUCGAAGUAUCAUGUCAGCAGCUGUACAAUUUGUUCAACACGUACUUGAAAACAUAAAUGAAAAAUCUGAAAUGGCAGGAGUAUUCUUGGACCCCUCAUAA